AUCCAGUAGUGGCAGAGUUUACGAGUAUCUUUGAACGCAUGUUUUGGGCCUGCGCACUGUCUAUAUCCGGAAUUGUCACGUGUAAAAACAAACGUGCGAAAGUGUUCCUGCUUUAAGUUUGGUCCUUUGUGCUUAUCUGUUUGUUGAUUUCAUGAAAUACUAGCCAGUAUUCAGAUAAAUGCUUCAGUUGUAGUAGUUAACUUCAGACACGUUCAAUAGAACCAACUGCCCCCGUCCUCAGGAUCAAUGGCGUCCUGUGGAACUGACUGGAUAACAUCCUGUUCCAACCUCAUGUUGUCUAGCACAGCACUGUACUCUUCCUACAAACUCUUUAAGUAUGGAGCAGGAUAGACAGCAAGGAAGAGGAAGAGCUGGUAGACAAGGGGUCCAUCAGAAAGGUGGGCAUGUGCAAUUACAGAUAGGUCAGAGAGGCAGUCAUGGGCAACAACAGAGAGGUCACAGAGGUGGUGAAAGGGCCUGUCGAAUGGUUGGUCGUCAGAGAGGGGGAGGCAGAACUGUUGUCUCUAGUGAAGUCUGGGCUAUCAUCGUUGAUCAUGUGGUGAGCCAAGGGCUUGCCAUGGCAGAGGCUGCCAGAUUAGUUGAGCCAAAUCUAAAAAGAUCAACUGUUAAUUGAAUCAUUCACACUUUUUGGCAAGAAAACCGAAUUGACAGAAAACCCCACAGCUGUGCCUGUGUGCUGACAGACCAGCAGGAGUUGGCAGUGGUGGAAUUGGUGAGGGCCAAUAAUGAUAUACGGCUGUCAGUAAUAAAGCAGGCAGUUGAGGAGAACAAUAACACCGUUGCCAGUGUGGCAUCCAUCAGCCUACCAACAGUAGCCCUUAUGAAGAGGCAGCAGCUAUCAAUGAAACAAAUAUACCUGAUGGCUUUUGUGAGAAACAAUGACCGGGUGAAACAGCUGAGGGCUGAAUAUGUUCAGGAUCACAGGGCUUCUUCAGUAGGUCUCUUCCUGCUCGGACUCUCUGCAGCACUUUGCAUCUUGCAUCCCUCCAGCUCAUACCUCACUUCUAUCCAGAAAGAAGCAGAGUGGGCCAGUGAGGUUCUGGCUCCGGCGCUGGUCUCUUUUGACUUCCUGUGGCUCAGUGAAGACCACAACACGGCACAUAUUCUCCUGUGUGGCUCCUGUCUGCUGCUUGGGCUGUACGACUGGCUCUCAGCAGAUGCUCUCACAAUGAUGACACGCUGCCUGGGAGUGUCUUCCCUGUCCUGCUGCCUGAUAGUGUGUCUAUUUGCAGCUAACGCUUUAGGGGCCUUGGGCGGUGUGGCCCUCAGUCUCCCGUUGGUUGUGGCUCCGGGGGUCGGAACAAACACUUUUGCAGCACUCAUUUCUCCAGCUGCAACUGAGGGACUCAUCAAGUGGCUUUUAAAAGGUUCCAUGUCUGUUGGCUGUUGGGCCUCCACACGAGCCCUCAGCAAGUUUCUGUUGGAUGUCAAUGACCGAAGUAACAUAGGCAUGUAGUUCAGUAGGCAUCUGUAUGAUUAGUCAGGAUCUGUGUAUAUUUAUGGACUGCCACAUAGUACCAAAUGACGAAUUGGGUCAAUGCAAAAAUGAAUGUGUCUAACUUAAAGGGAUAGCUUGGAAUUUUUGAAGUGGGGCUCUAUGAGGUACUUAUCAAUACUCAUAGUUUUACCUGCAGUAGAUGGCGGCUGGCGUGUCACCAGUUUGGAGAAGCAUGGAGUUGUACUGACACAGAGGAGGAUGUGCUUCUACUUAAAUCUACUUCAGGUAAUACACUGAAUAUGGAUACAUACAGACUCACUUCAAAAAUCCUGAACUAUCCCUUUAAAAGCAUUUCAGGACAUUUAUUAGAAUACUUGACAUGAGUUAACUUUAUUGACAUUGCCAAUACAACAAAUGUUGUUAGGAAUUUGCCAUGUUGAGCUCAUAGUGCAACAGAACAGACAGGACAACGUUCAACACAACAUGCUAAUAAUAAAAUCUUUUAAUGAAAGUUUCCAGACAAAAAAUGGCUACAGUUCUGAUAGUGGCUUAAUCAUGCAAUUACUAAUUAUUGAUCAAAAAAGCCACACGAUGGCUGGUUCCAGCUUCUCAAAUGUGAGGAAAUGAUAAAAAUAUCCUUGGUUUCAAGUGUGUUAAUCUGACAAAACAAGCAAUUUGAAGACUUCCCCUUGGGUUCUGCGAUAUGACCGGCAUUUUAAAUUAUUUUCUAAUGCCUUUAUAAAUGACAUUAUUAAUUGAUAAAUCUGAAAAACUAUUGAUAGAUUAAUGGAAAAUGAAAAACAAAUCGUUAGUUGAAGCUCUAGUUCCUGAAAUGGAGGCUGUGUGCACUAAAGUAUAACAUGCUUUUACAAAUGGACGUUUAAGGACAGAUUACAAACUAUUCCUGAGCAAAACAAUGAAAACAUUAAUAUUAAAAUAACUGAUUCUGAUGCAUUUUCAUUUUCAAGAAUGUUUAACUGGCUGGACUUAAUCUGAGGCCACUGACAUCCUGUACACAUCUCUCUAGUAACAGCUGCCUCAGAGUCUGGUCCUAUGUGUUCUUGCAGCCUCAGCAGUAUCACUGUUUAAAUAUCUGCAGUGGUCUAAGCUCUUGGCCCCGUUCUUACCUCAUUAUGCCAAUGUGAUACUUCUUUUGUAUUACUUCCUUUUUUUUUCAGUAACAGAAAUGACCUCAUUUGUUUGACUCACCGUCACUUAAAUGAGGCCUGUAUAACUUUGUUUGUCCACCAUGUUGUCCUUGCAAGAUAUUGAUAUUCUUUACAGAGAUGUGUAGUGCCCACUGCAGAUUCUCUCUCAGGAUUUCAGAUAUGUUAGCCGCUGCCUCAGCAGUUUUGCUGCAGUAUACGUACAAGUAUCUAUGGCUCGGUGCCUGUCUGUGGGUCAAUACCUUUGUCAGGGCACAGGUGACAAGGGAUAUAUUUAAGAUGUGCACACUCAUUUUGUGCAUGUUUGUGAGUCUUGGGUGUGAUAAUUGUAGUGACUGUGCUUUUUUGUACUGAUUCAUCAUUCAGUUCACGCCUUUUUGAGGGGCUAUGUGGAAGUGUCAGAUGUUGUACUUUUAUUUAUUAUUUUAUUGCUAUUUUCUUAACAGAAAUUGUUAAUAUUAACUAAAGGAAGAUAAAGUCAAAAGUCUGCAGUUUCUGAUCUUUAUGAACCCCCCCCAGCUCAAUUGCUCUCCACACUGUAUCAGUCAUUCCACCACUGCAGCGGCUUUAAGAAACUGCACUGAGCAUGCUCGCUGCAGAUGGAGCCUGUAGAUGGAGCAAAGUGGAGAAGAGAAGGAGGAGAAAGGGGAGGAGAGAGAGCGGCAGAGAGGGAGUCACACAGGAGCUGCACAUAGGAGCUGGGAUGCUGUUGCAGCUCAGAGAACAACCGCUGCAUGGGAGGAUUUGUCAUUGACAACACAGAUGGAGUGUGAAAGGGGAAUACAAAUGACUGGAAUGUCAGAUCGCCAAAGAGGAGAAGAUAUGUGAUCAGGGACUCUUGGACAGCGUGGAGAUGUACGCCUUCUACUCUCUUUUAGUGUACAUCUUCUACACUGUCUUUAAGAAGGAGGAGGAUGAGGUGGAAGCCUUGGAGGGGGCGUGUGGAGCUUCCUCAGACGAGCCAGGUCCUGUUUCCAUGGAAACAGGGAGCAGGAGGAAAGAUGGCCACACCUCUAAACUGGGGAAAAAGGCUUGUGCUCGGCUUAGUGAGUCAAGCAGUAGCAGUGACAGUGAUGAAAUGUCUCAGAGUGAUGAAGAUGAGAAAGAUGGCCCUGACAUCCCAGCAUGCACUCCUCUUGCUGCCUUUUUGUCCUUCAAACAAGAGGCUGAAAAGAGGAGGGCCUCACACGUUCAGCUGGAAACAACGGGAAAGUUGUCAGAGUCUCCCCUGGUGGCAGUGAUGUCCCACUUGCUGACUUUUCUGGAGCAGUACUCCCACUUCCAGCAGCUGCAGCAGCAGGCCGACCAGUACCGGGUCCAGCUGAAGAGGCACCGCGUCCAGCACCGCCGCCAGAUGAAGGCCCUGCGAGCGUCCUACCGGCAGCACCUCAGGGAUAAGAACAGCAUCAUCAGCAGCCUGGAGGAGGCAAUCAGCCAGCAGCAGACCCCCAGUCCACCGAGUGAGGGUGAGUCCAGCAGUGAUGUAGGGACACAAGCCGGGAUUCACAGGCUGGUUGAGUCUCUGUACGGUCUGCAGGGUGAGAGGAGUAAGCUGAGGGGAGAACUCCGUCUGCUGCACUCACAGCUGGAGCAGAAGGACAGAGACAGACACUCUCGCAUACAGGCCUUUCAACAGCAGAUUGAUGAGCUCAAGAGUUGCAUAGAAGAGCGCGAGGAGGAGCUGUCAAGACUGAGAACAGCCACCGGGGCAACAGACUCAGAGAAGCGGGUGUUGUGUCUGUCAGCAGAGAAUGAGAGUCUGAAACAGAACCUGAGCGUUACCCAAGGCCUCCUGCAGCAGCUGUCAACCAUCCCCUCCCAGUCCAGCACCAUGCUCAUCAAGGAGAAUGAAAACCUCCGCAGCAGAGUGCAGCAGCUGGAGAUAUGCCUUCAGCAGCGUGCUGACCAGCUGUCACACCUGGAGCGACAGAGCGAACAAAGUGAGUGGAGGAGAGGAGAAGAGCUGAGGAAACGAGAGGACCGAGUGAGGGAGCUGCAGCUGGAGUUGGACAGGGAGAGAGGCAAGGAGCCAUUGGUGAAGUAUGUCACCCAGACUGUGGAGGUGGAAUCACCUGCAACAUUAAAGCAUCUGACUAAAGCCAGACAGAGGAAUGAGCUGCUAUCCGAAAAGCUGUCCAAUCAGAAUGAGCGGUGCAAGCAGCUGGAGGAACAAAUCAGGAAGUCCGAUGAAUACAGUUGUAAUCUGCAGCACAAGAUUGCAGCAUAUGAGAGAGAAAUCAGUAAACUGAGAGAGGAGCUGCUGAAAGAGAUUGGCCACUUGGAGGAGAGGAAGGAGGAAGCUGUGAAGGCAGCCGCCAACUGCUCAGCGGAGCACUUUCAGAACCUGCAGGACCAAUUCUUCAGCUUGCAGAAGCGUCUGACAGCACUCCCUCCCACUUUACGCUCCAUAAAGACAGACUACAGCAGUCUGAGGAGCCAGGUCCGAAACUUCUCUGACUUUUACGGAGCAGCUAUUAACGAAGCAAAAAAACAGAUUUCAGCAGCUAUCAGUGAGAUGUCUGAAGCCAAUAAAGAUCUACUGGAGAAAUAUCGGAAGGAGGUCGCACUACGCAGGAAGUACCACGAGCAGCUGGUGGAGCUUAAAGGUAACAUCCGCGUGCUGUGUCGCGUGAAGCCUGUGCUGAAAGAGGACCAGCAUGAGGAGGGCCAGUCUGUGGUGGUGACGACGGACCCCAACAACGAGUCCUCGCUCAAUGUGCUGAACAAAGGAAAAGGUCGCAUCUUUGAACUAGACAAGGUCUUCCACCCUCAAGCCACACAGGAAGAGGUCUUUCAGGAGAUCGAGCCUCUUGUGACGUCCUGCAUCGAUGGCUACCAUGUCUGCAUAUUUGCUUAUGGACAGACUGGCUCUGGAAAAACAUACACAAUGGAGGGAAGUGUGGAGAACCCAGGCAUCAACCAGCGAGCCCUGAAAUAUCUUUUCAGUGAGAUCGAAGAGAGGAAGGACAUGUGGUCUUACACUGUCACUGUCAGCUCUGUGGAGAUCUACAACGAGGUGCUAAGAGACCUGCUCAGUAAGGACGGAGAGAAACUGGACAUCAAGAUCAACCCGGACGGAACAGGACAGCUGCACGUCCCGGGCCUCAGGGUCAUUGAGGUUAAGAGCUUUCAGCACAUCAAGAAGAUUUUAGCCACAGCCCGAAGGAACAGGAUCACCUUCGGCACUCAGAUGAACCAGCACAGCUCCCGUUCCCACGCUCUGCUCUGUAUCACCGUUCAGGGAACUGACCUCGCCACCGGGUCCAAAACCACUGGCAAGUUGAACCUGGUGGACCUGGCUGGUUCGGAGAGGGUAUGGAAGUCUGGAGCAGAGGGAGAGAGGCUGAAGGAGGCCCAAAAUAUCAACCGCUCCCUGCUGGCACUGGGGGACGUAAUUCAGGCACUGAGAGCUCGGCAGACUCAUAUCCCUUUCAGGAACUCCCGCCUUACGUACUUAUUACAAGACUCCCUGGGCAAAGGCAGCAAGACUGUAAUGGUUGUGCAGGUGUCUGCUCUGGAGAACAAUGUGGGAGAGACACUGUGCUCCCUGAAAUUUGCCCAAAGGGUGUGCAAGGUGGAACUGGGUCCUGCAGCCAGGAAGAUUGAAUCUGGUGGAGGACUGUGCGACUGACAGCCUUGAAUCAGCCACUUCCUGUUUGCAGCAAUCGACAGGAAGCCAUGAAUGCACCAGUCAGAUUAUCACCCACCCUGCCAACCAACCAUCACGCUACAAUAUCAACAAGAUCAACAGCAAUCCUGCUCAAGGGCUAAAUCUGUGGAGGUCUGUGUGGCACCCGAAAGCCAACCUUUGAUUGAGGAUAGGUUUUGAGGAUAUUGGCCUCCUCCUUGCCAUUUUCUGCUUCUGACAAGUGUUAACCAUUUACCAUUAGAUAAUCUGCAUGCAGGAAUAUUUAUUCUUCCACUUUGAGUGCCAAAACAUCCUCUGCCUGCCCUACGGAGUAAUAUGUGACGUUUCCUUUUAUUAAAUUCCAAAAUCCACAAUUUAACAGCCUCUGGAGGCUUUUCUCCCUGAUCACAGCAUUUAGAACAGCAUCAUGUUCAAACAGGUUCAACAAGCUUCCACAGCCACAAUAUCAACACUUCCGUUUUUGCAGUAUUAAUCACCUGGCUAUAAAUGUCUGUAGUUUGUGAGCUUCAUCUCUGAUAUUGUAUAUUUUUGAAGGUUGUAGUGUUGUAGGAGAAUCUGUUUUAUAGCAAAGGUAUGGGCUAUUAACCAUUUCAAUGACACACAAGUCACAUUUUAGUGUAGUUUUUGUGAACUUCAGAAGAGCAGUGACUGUACGCUGUUUCUUUUCUUCUCUAGAGAAUAUUUUGCCUUUUGAGAAAAGAGUAAAGAUAACGAGAGUAGCAGGUGGCCUUGUAUUAAGAGUGGUAAUGCGCAGUGCAAUAUCUUCCUUGUUGAGAAGACAGUUUGGGCCUAUGUGGACAGAAGAUGCACUUUAUUGUGAAAGGAGUGUUUCAGUCCAGAACAGGUAUUUAGGUGCUUGCAUUAGAUAUCACUUGUGAAUGUCAUAUCAAAAGCAGCUUAUUGUUAUCUGUUCAUCAUUGUUCCUGUAUUUAUCACCCAUUGAAUCAGAGCUAAUCUUUGAUUCAAGUGUAGCCAGACAUUAAUGUUGCAGUAAUUACAAUAGCAGUCACUUCAUGAUGAUUAGGGUGUAACUUUUCAGAUAGUUUUCUGAAUAAAUAUGAUGUAUUUAAAAA